AUGGUAAGGAGCCAGGUAAAGAAUGUGCUGUCGUUUGGGUCGGAAAUUGCACGCUGCCCGUGGAAUCCCACCCUGAAUUCUGACUUGCUGAGCAAAGGCCGGAGCCCCAGAAGGAAACAAAUACAGACUCUGAGCAAAGCUGCCCUCAUCCCGAGCAGCCCGCUGGCCCCCCGGGGGGCCGGGUGCUUGGCAAUGAGCCCCGUGCUGUCAGCGUUCCUGAGGGAGCUCCCCGGCUGGCUCCUGUUCGCUGGGGUCUUCCUGCCUGUGACUUUGCUGCUCCUCCUCCUCAUCGCCUACUUCAGGACCAAACUGAUGGAGGUGAAUGAAGAAUUGUCCCAGACCACCAGUCAUCACCAAUACAAACGCAGGGCUGGCUCUUCCCAGUACCAGAGAACGAAACGAAGGUGACUUGGGGACCGGUCAAUGGCUAAAACACAGUGAAUUUCUACUGGUCAGCGGCUUAGCUAAUAAAGUAAGUUAAUAAACUCGAACAACAGCAAAAAUAGAAAGAAUACUAAGAGGCUUGUUCUUAACCACAUUGAAAAGUGGCAGCUAUUAUCCGGGGGGACAUCCACGAGACUCAGUCAAUAGCAGGUCAUCGGAGAGUACAAAGAAUAUGAUUUGCUUGGAUGUCGACUGGACACUGCAAUUUUUUACCUUUUAUAGGACUAGGUCCACUCU